CUAUUUUGCCCGUCACCUAAUGCUAGUCAUCUCGCCGGUGCCUCCCCACAGCAUCAUGGAAAUGGGACCGCAUUACAACUCACUUGCGCCGCUGUUUCGCUAGCAGUCACCAGCUAGAAGGCGCAGCGUGAUAAUCAACGCGCGAGGCACCGGCAGUAGUCGCUGCAAGAUAAAGUUAUUAAUUCAUAAAUGACGAUAAGUGUGACAACAUCCGACCUUCCGUUUUCACUGACGGAUGGAGGGCCGCAAUACACGGCUUAGCUGACUUUUCGACUAACCCUGAAGGCUUUUCUUCCCCUCAUUGUCUCUCAUUUACUCGUGGCCAUAUCUACGCUAGCACCCUUUUUUGUUGUUGUAAAGCUACCAACUAUCUUCUUUUCGCCCCUUUCCAAACCAUUUCACACCAACCUGACUGAGAUGAAGUCUUUGCCGUUGUUUAGCGUCGUGUUUUGAGGUUAUAAUAAAAAGCACCCACUAACGAUCCUUCCCACUCGUGGGAAUGGUUCAGUCAGUGUUUGGCAAUGAAAUGGUGCGCGCGUACAUUAUACUUAUAAGUACCACCUUAGUCACAGUGUGUGAGUUUGUGUCGACUAAGUUGACAACGGUGUCAAACGAUCAUCAUGGGACUUCGGCACGCGCCUUCUACCGUUCGUUGGAUGAUAAUGGCUACAGCCCUACGCUGGCACUCAUCCUGCAGGAUUACAUGCUGAUCAACAGCACCGGUAUCAUAGCCUGGAGUAAUCCAACUUUUGCCUACUACGAUCAGCAGCUGAUCGAUGCCAUUCAACAGCAACUAGAGGUGGAAAAUGCACAAGAUCCGUACGAUCAGCACGAGCUGCAGGCAGAUCACGUUUCAUCCUUGCUACCACUGUACGGUGGACUGAAAUUUCUCACCUACUACUGUGGCCCUGGAAAUUGGUCCGUUGAUGGAAGCACAGUACAAAAUGCAUACUUUUCCAGCAUCGAUCAGUGCUGCAAACAGCACGACGAAUGUCCGGACACAAUUGUUGAACGCAGGGAUUAUCAACGGUACGAGGAUUUGCCGUACAAACCGCAAAUUUUUACCAGACUGCGGUGUAACUGUGAUGUUGAGUUUCUGAGCUGCUUACAAAAUAUAUCUACCUUCUUUUCCUACGCCGUAGCGUGGAUCUACACGAAGUUUCAGCACAACUGCUUCGACUACGAACACCCUGUGAUGGAAUGCACCGCGAAGAAAAAUGAUGGGUUGUUCACCGCAGAUCGGUGUUUAACGUAUAUGGUGGACAAUUCACAUGUCAAACGAUGGCAGUGGUUCGACAUACCGUACCUGAGCUCGAAUCUGUUGAUUUUCCCCGAGGUGGAAUACCGCUACGAGCUGGACUGGUUUAAUAUACUUUUCGAUCGUAAAAUUUCAAAGCCGUAACAUCUUUACACUCGCAACUUCUAACAGAUGUUAAUAGGGGGCAUUCAUGUUUGAUUUUGCUUUAAGUGCGUUAAGACAUUUUUAAGGAAGAUUACAACCACUGUAGAAUAAAAAAACCAAUCUUCUCUUGUAUCAAAAUAUCAAUAUUCAGCAUUAAGAAAUAAUGAGUAAGUCAAGAAUGCAAAGUUAUGCUUCGAUAAGGAUGGUGAAAAGAAAUGGCGUAUGGCGAA